CAGCGGAUUGGCUGUCGCUACUCCACAGCAGGUCCUGCUCUCCUUCCCGCCCACCGGGUGGGCGGGUGCGGCCGGCCCGGCUGCGAAGCGAUGGGCGGCGUGCGCUGGGCUUUCCCCUGCGCCGCCUGGCGACCCCGCCGCGAGGAGUGGCUGCUGGCGGCGCGGCUGGUGCAGCCCGAGGAGAAGGAGCGCAUCGGCCACUUUGUCUAUGCCCGCGAUGCCAAAGCCGCCUUGGCCGGUCGCCUGCUGAUGCGGAAAUUAAUUGCAGAAAAGCUGUGCAUACCUUGGAAUGAAAUACACUUGCAAAGGACAUCAAAAGGAAAACCUUUUCUGGCAAACAGCAUAUUCAGUGUAUGUUCAAAUUACAACUUCAAUGUCUCUCAUCAAGGAGAUUAUGCAGUUCUUGCAGCUGAGCCUGAACUUCAAGUUGGCAUUGAUGUAAUGAAGACUAAUUUACCAGGUAGUAGCUCAAUUCCAAAUUUCUUUCGUAUCAUGAAGAGACAGUUUACUGAGACAGAGUGGCAUGUAAUCAAGUCUAUGAAUAAUGAGUGGAUGCAGCUGGAUAUGUUUCAUCGACACUGGGCCCUAAAAGAAAGCUUCUUAAAGGCUAUUGGAGUUGGGAUUGGUUUUAACUUGCAAAGAAUUGAAUUUAAUGUGUCCCCAUUGCAAAUGGAAAUAGGGAAGGUGUAUAAUGAGACCCAGAUGCUGUUGGAUGGAGAAAAAGAGGAAGAGUGGACUUUUGAGACAGGAAUCUUAACAAGACCAGAGGAAUUUCUGUACUGUUGUUUCCAGUGCUGCUUCUGUUUUCGUUUAGUCAUCCAUUUUCAUGAAACACGGUUAGAUGACUACCAUCACGUUGCAGUGGCUCUUGGGAAACAGGAGGGAUUUGGGCAGCAGCAUACUGAUGUAGCGUACAGCAGGCUAUACAGUAACACAUGCUCAGGUAUGUUCCACACAACCUCAUCAACAACAGUUUACAUUACUGACUUUCGAAGAUUUAGUUGCACCUGGAAUUCCCAUUACACCUGAGGAUUCUGCAUAUUGGGAUAACUUUUGUUCUAAGCAAGAAAGUCCAAUGAAACAGAGUUCAAAUUCAAGAUGAGAAUGCUUAGAAAGAAAGGAUCAUAAAAAUAUAUGCAAAUAUGUAAAUAAAACUGUUUUCUUUUAUUUUAUAUAUUUUCCUUUAAGUCUGAUAUUCACCUUUUCGAACUUGACAUUUUUCUGUCAGUAUUUAAGAAGCUUCCUUGCUGAAGGAAUUCUGAGUGAAAAGUCUAAGCUGACCACAUGGAUUUUUGAUUCUCCAUGCCUUUCACCUCAUAUGUUAGUAAUUACCGUUAGUAGUAACAGGAAGCAGAUCUUCAGCAAUGUCAAUCUGUCAGCAAGAGCUUAACAAGUGGAGGUGUGUUUCUGUGUUUUAUUUAUGCUGGACUUAUAUUAUUUAAUGUCACCUCUUAUCUUAAAAAAAUCAUAGUUUUAUACUGCAAUGAAAUGAAUAAAGCCAGAGGAAUUGGUAAAAGUCCUAUUACUGCUAAAGCAUGGCACAAGUGUUGUACAAGAUUUGAGGUUUAGUUGUGUGAAAGCAAACGGAAAAAGUCUGAGUUGUGCUCUUGGAACUAAACGUGUAAAAUUAUUUUGAGGCAGGAAUUUAACAUAAAAGUAUUCCAUAUCCUUUUCACUUAAAACCUUAAUUAAAACUUUUUGUAUCUAGUAGAAGUUUUGAUUUUUUACUUCCUUUUUGUGUUUUGUUGUUUGUUUUUUACACUGAGUAAUAGCUGUUUGCCAGACAGCUAUUGUAUUUUCCCAGGCUUGCACUUACAGGUUCACAAUCCUAGAAACUAACUCCUGUGGAGAAAACAAAAAAUUGCUUGUUUUUCUUUCUUUUUUUUUUUUUUUUUACAGAUAUUAUUACAGCACCUGAAGACAAAGUAUUUUAUUAUGUUGUUGUAAAGUAAAAUUUCUGGAGAAAAUCUGUAGAUCUGGAGUAUAGUUUUAGAAUAUUUCAUAUUCUUUUCCAAGAUGAAUUCAGUGUUGUGGCAUCACUCUCUUUUUUUUCUUCCGAGUUAUAGAUACAUUGUGGUCUUCCUAAAUAUAAGAAAACAUACCAAACAGAUUGAGUCUCAUACUCAAUAGAACAAUUUUCAUAGUUCUGAAGUGUUCAUUUCUGUCCUACAGUUAAACAUAACUCUUCUGUGAAUUUAGAUUUGUGCAAAAUUUGGCUAUUCAGUCUAUUCUGACUGAAGGCAAAUAUAUUUGUUGUAAAGCUAUGCCAUAUGAUAAAGAUGAAUACAAAAUUUAGAUAAGGAUGUAAGGUUUUAAGGUUUCACUGUAGAUAAUUGUGAAUUCAGAUAUGCUGUUAAACUUCUCUAAUUCUGCUAGUUUGGGUUAAUUAUUUUGUACCCAUUUUAAUGAAUCUCUCAUCUUGCAUGCUAAUCAUGGUUUUUUUUGUGAGUUUUUUUUCUUUUUUUCUGUAAAACCACAAAUCAUUGAUAGCUGUGAAUUUUUUCUCCAGACUCCACAGGGGUUAAAUUAGAUGUUCAGCAACUUCAAAUUUGAAGUUGUUGGAAAUACAGAAUAAUUUAUAGAGGUAGAAUAAUUAUAAGUCAAACAUUUCAGAUGGGAUUAAAAAAUGAAAUAUAACUUGCACAAAAUAACUGGAAUUCCAUGGAGAUCAGAAAGGCUAUGCAGACGGUAUGCGCCCACAUCAUUUCCUGCUAUGGGAUGUUUUUAACUGCUUCAGUUGACUUAAUUUUAUUCUGUCCUAUCUGAAGUGUUCUGUAAUCCAGCUGUGCAGGCAUGUAAAGAGCCAGGAUAACCAGAACUAUUGCCAAGCUGAAAGAAUGGACAUGUUCUGCCACUGGCUUUAGAAGCCCAGAGAAAAAGAAGGACUGUUUGGAAUAAGAAGGUAUGGAAAGAACUGAGCUUCACUACUGCCUGCUUGUUACUGUCCAGUUUGUGCCAGUCCUCACCAGUCACUGAGGCUGCCAUCAGUUGCAGCUGUGUGAGACAGUUUAAAUUACCAUCUGGUUUCUACAGGUCUAGACGGAAUCAUCCAUGAAGUUGCAGUUCUUCACAGUAAAUUUUUUCCUAUGUAUUUCAUUUAUAUUGAACUACUUGAAAUAUCUUCUCUUUUAACCUUAAGUAGUUUAAGAUUAGGUGAUGAUGGUGUCCUGUGAAAAGCCACUUGGGUCAGGUUGCUUUGUGUCAGUGCAAACAGACAGUUUUUGCACUUGUAUUUAGCAGUGUGGAAAAGAACAGCUGUGUAGCCAUGGGAUUUACCUACAUGCUGCUAAAAGACCAUCUAGAUGCUCUGACAUCAGAAUGUUUUUCUGAACAUCUGUCUGUCACAAAGGCAGAUAUUAAAAUAAGUGUAGAUAUUAUGUCCAAGUAGAGCUAUGUGAUUAUAUUAAUUCAAGGUUCUUUGGCUUUCAACAUCACAUUUCCCAUUAUAUAAAAAUUGAGCCCUGUGUCCAUACAUGCUUCUUACACUGUCUUCCUUGUGUUUCCUCAGAGAAUGAUUCUUCAUGCCUACAGAGCAUGCAUGCUGCUUUUAGAAAUACUGGUCAAACACAGCUAUAACUUUCCUCACUGCGUCAGAGUGUUUUCCCCAACCCAGUGCAGAUAAGAUGAACUUUACCAGUCUCCAUCACUGUUCUGUCGCAAGAAGUUUCCCAAUUACAUCCAGAAAUUCUCUAGCCUUCAGAUCCCUUCUCCAGAGCUCCCUUCCCUCAUCCCUUGUUUCAUCCACGCUGCCCUAAAUGUGACCACACCACCUAACUUGGAGUCUGAAAUGUAAGAAGUUGCAAAAACAGGCUCUUCCCAGCAGGUGCUGUGGCUGGGUUGUCUUUUCUUCUAGGAACGGGAUUGACCAGCUCCCUGCAGAAGUAGAGGUUCAGUCUUUGAUCGUAUGCUGCCCUUGACUACAGGUCAGCCCCAUGCUUCUGAGAAAUUAAUAGUGUAUCAAUAAAUUAUUUAACAAAUAAAUACACAAAAGUCCUUUUAGGCUCGUCUGUGUGAGACAAGCAAAGUAUUUGAGAUUGUGUUGUUACAAGGAACUUCUGGUGUAGGGACUCAGUCUUCCCACCAGUAUCUGUGUGGUGCUCCCUCAUCUUCUCUCCCCUAUGUGCUUCUCCACAUAGGGAACUUUGAACAUUGCUGUAUGCUCAGCACAAAACAUGGCUGUUCAAUUUGAUUUUUCAGUUUUGCUCUUUAAUGAGCAGAUUGUUAACAGCAGAUUAAUGUGUCUAGCUUGGACGUAUUACGAUCUUCUAAAUCUUCAUGCAGCUUGCUUAAACAGUGUUGGAGUGGAAUAGGAACUUCAACUGUCAAAACUUCAAGACAAAUUGCAGUUACGUGUGACAAGAGACUGGUGACAUCUGAUGUUAAAAUAUGUAGUUUUGAAAAGUGGAUUAUAUGAAUUCGUUCAGACUUUCACAAAGUCUGUAAACCUAUGCAAAAUAUCCAUUGUACUGUACUGUGAAAUCAAAUGCACUGAUGUUAAUCAAAUGUUCUAGGUCUUCCUCAGGCAAGAAAUGGUAGGUGUAUCAACCUAGGUAGUAUAAAUUUGAUAGUAAUUUAUAGGUUCUUGGUAGCACCCAGGCAGCAAUUCAAUUCUAACAGUUACUUUUACCUUAAGCACUGCAAUAAAAACAUGAUGUGAAAAUAAAUGCAAGAUAGGAAGGAAAAGUAGUUCUUCAUGUGUGCUUAGAUACAGGUGUUUUCUGGAGCUUUACAAGAGCACAGUUCUACAUUUAACAAAGAAUAUGAGCAGUGUUUGGUCAGUACUGAUAGAACCUAGUUUAAAACAGUGAUUAAGACUCCUCCUUCACAGUUGUCUAAACCUACCAGUUGUUGGACAUGGUGUUUCCCUAUAUUUGUGAUGCUGAGCAUGUUUAUCCAGAGAAAAGAUAUUUCAAAUUGCUGUACACUGUAUAGAAAAUGUAGGUACAAAAACAAACUCUGAAUUCUUCACAAGAAAGCUAAUAUUUUAUUAUUUUUUAAACUAAUUUCUGUAGCAUGUCAUGAUAUCCUUGUGCUGUACCUACAGUUGUGUUGGGGUUGUUGCUGUUGUUGUGGGAUUUGUUUGUUUUAAAGCUAGAUGCAAAGGAUGAGUCCUGUUUCUACUAAAAUGGAGUUUAAUUUCUUUAUGCUAAUAAAAAAUACAUUAUUUUAAA